AAACUGAAUUUUCUUUCGGGUCAACGCACAUAUUGGUGCAUUUUAAAAAACGAAUGCAUUUGUUGCGUGUGGAAACAAUGUGUGUUGUAAAAAUUUACGUAUAAAGAUGUUACAGUAUACGCCCGCACUCUCUCUUCACCCUUCUUCCCUUAUAACCAGUCACUACGUUGCAUGCGUAAAUGCAGUGUUGAUUUAUUCAAUUGUUCAUUACAAUCGUACAAUUCAUAAGUGAUAUGUAUUGUUUGGAUAAUUCUGUUCUUCCCUAUGUGCAUAGUUUUACAAAUCAUGGUGUCAAUGGACAACAGUUGUUAAGUUUGAGGCCUGAAGAUCUAGAACAUCUUGGUGUAUUGAAACUUGGUCACCAGGAAAUUAUUCUUGAAGCUGUAGAAUAUCUGAGGAAUUUCCAUUAUGAGCUUGAUCGUGAAAAUCUGCAAUUAUUGGCACUACGAUUGUCUUGUCAGGCGCACAGUUUACAAAAUGAAUUAUCUCAUCAGACAGAUUCGAAGCCUGUUACAACUCAAACAUUAUCUGAUGUAGCAUCAGUUAUAACGGCUGUAAAACCACUAGUAAGGUGGCUUGAUCGACCUCCUUUUAGUGGACAAUUAGAAUAUAAUGAUAAAAAAGUUGAAUUAAUGAAACUAGCUUUGGAAAUGGCUACAUGUGCGCAGAGAGAUAGAUUUGCAGAAAAACCAGUAGAAGAAAUUAGAAAAAUUUGUGGACAAUUAGCAAAAUUGGCAGAUUAUGUAAUACAAGAUAUUACUGAUCCUAUGAUACUACAACCUGCUAGUUUAGACUUGGCAACAUUAAAAAGGAAACCAGGAGAUGAUUUAGGAUUUUAUAUUUUACCAUCCUUUCAUGGAGCUCAUCAAAUCGCUGAAAUUAAAUUUGGAUCAGCUGCACAUCAGUGUGGUAAAAUGGAAGAAGGAGAUGAAAUUGUCCAAGUAAAUUAUCAGACUGUAGUUGGUUGGGAACGGAAAAAUCUUUUAGAAUUAUUUCGCGAAAGUCCAGCAGAAGUAUUAUUAACUUUAAAACGUAGGCCACGUCAUACAAAAAUAUAUGGUCAAAUUUACAUAAAACCAUAUAGACUUCCAAGCAAUAAAAAAACAUCUUACACAACACGAUGGCAACAUAAUCUUCCUUCACCAAGACCAGAAUUAUUAACUAUACCAGAUUUUACAAUGCCAUUACCAAGGCCAAAGAAUCCCAGUCCAGAACCUGCAAGCAUUCUAGAUACUGUUAAUAUACUAGAUACUAUGAUUAUAGAUAGUAGCGACUCGGAUAGUGAAACAGAGCCACCUUUAUCAAUUCGAUUAUAUUCUACAAAACCAAGAAAUUCAGUUCAAAGACGAGCUACUAUAACUGGUGCUAGUCCAACUUCCAAGCAUGGAAUUGAUAUAGAACAAUUUUGGAAAGAAUUGAAACAAGAACAUAGUACAACUUCUCAAUUGCGGGACAAAGCAGCAUCUUGUGCUCAUGGUUUAGAUAAUGUACCAUCAAAUUUACGGCCACAAACAUGUAUAUCUAUAGAACAGAGUAAAAGAAACAAGAGAAAUGAUGGACAAACUGACGAUAAGAAAGUACAGUUUCAAGAUAAACCUAUGAAACAUGAUGUUCCUCAAAUAGAUAAUACAAUCAACGCAAUAAAGAAUGAAUGUAAAGCUACUGAAAACUGCGAGGAAUUGUGUAGUAAUAUAAAUACAUCCAGCCAAAUUCCUUUAACAUCCGCUAAUGUUACCAAUAACAAUAACUUGAGUGAUACAAGUGUGCCUUUAGAUGAAUGCAACAAUUUUAUUAGGGAUAGUAAUAGUAAAAAUACGAUAAGCAAUAAAGAACUUAGUACAUGUAAUGGUAAAGAACGAGGAAGAUUAGAUAAAAGUCACAGUACGCCAGCAUACGAUUUAAUGGAUGACAAUAUAGAAGAUACAAGACAAAAGUUGUUCCAUAUGUUAGAACCAUCUACGAAUAAUGUAAGCAAUGUAUCAAGUAAGACUGAUGUUCAAUUGACUAUCGCAAGUUUUGAAGAUCAACAGAAAUUAAAAAAUGUUGAUGAAAAAAAACAAAGUAUGGAAAUAAAUUUUGAUAGUAAUAUUGUUCAAAAAUAUAAUGAUACUGAUAAAUAUACUGCGCAAGAUAAGGAAAAAAAGCAAUGUUCUAAAUCCUCGGAAUAUUUAGAUUCAUUUAAAAAUAAAGUAACUGAAGCAACUCACAGGAUCAGUAUAGAAAAUAACCAAAGCAAUAAUGAAUGUAUUAACACUGAUAUAAGUAAUUAUGACAAGAAGAAUGUGACGAAUAAUUUAAAUGUUGAAAUGGAAAAUACAUCGAAAGUAUGUAACGCUCAAAACUUUGCAAAUUUCAAUCAUAAAACUAACGAAGAUAGAUUGGAAUCAAUAAAUAGUUUUGUGCAAAACAGUGAGGAAAAUAAUUCGAAUCUAAAUAAAUUUGAAAAGAUUCUUCAAACAUUUAAUGGACAAAAUUAUUGUGAUUCGAUAGAACAUAAAAAAUUAAUGGAGAAAAAGUCUAAUAUAUCAAUAAAAGAAAAUAUGCAAGUUCAAAGACAAAUAUGGACAAAUAAUGAUCUAAAUUCUACUGAAGAUAAACACAUGUAUAAUGAUAUUACUAAUAAUAUUACUCGAAACAUUCCUCAAAUUCAUGUCUGUCAAAAGGUACAGAAUGAUAAUACAAAAAAUGAAGAUUUAAUUAUUCAAGAAAAUGCAGUACAAUCAUGCAAAUGUGCAGAAGUAACAGAAACUGAAUCUAGUAAGAAGCUAGAAAAUAAACCUCAUCUAAUACCUCCAGAUCCGCCUCCACGUAAAUACUAUUCAAAGUUAACAAUUGAUUCAUUAAGUAAUACUUCAAAAACAUUUGAAGAUCAAGAAAAGUCUUGUAUAACGGAAAAAAUUAAUACUAGAAAAGAUCUAAAAAGUGUGGAAUAUUAUACAGAAAAUCAUAUCAAAAGUACCUUAGACCAUCAAGAUAAACAGGAUUAUUUUGAUGUUUAUAAUAGUUUUACAGAAAAAUUAGAAUUUAUUGACAAUAUAAAUACUCUAGAUAAUGAACGUAGACCUAGCUUAAAUUUAGAUUCUGCAUAUUUAGAAUAUAAUGAUAAGCAAACAAAGGAAAAUAAGUUUAUCUGUGAUACAUAUGAACCUAUUGUUGAGAAAUCUGUAUAUACUAAUUUAACAAUGGAAUAUCAUGAUACUGAAUCUUAUUCUCAGAAUAUGGAUACUCCAGAUGGUUCAUGCUCUUCAAAGCAAGUUCUAGAUCAUAAAUCUAAAGUGUCUGAAAAAGAAAAAAGUUUUGAAAAAGGUGUGGUUAAUAAAGCUAUGAUGGUGGCUAGAAGUAUUGGAUUGCAUGGAAGUUUAAGUAAAUCUUCCAGUAGUAGUCCCAGAAGUAAUAGAAAACGAAGUAUAUUAUUUGCAAGGAAAAGAAAUAUCUCUGUUAAAGAUAUAGGCACAGGUGAUUUAGAAGGAUGGUUAACAUAUCGCACAAGAGGUGCUGGUGGUGCUUGGGCGAAAGCUUGGUUUGUUUUAAAAUGUUCUUCCUUGUACAGGUUUAAAACUCAAAACAGUAUGAAAGCAGACUGUCUCAUAGCUUUGACAGGAUUUACCGUAUCUCGAGCUGCCGAAGUAAAAUCAAGAAAAUAUGCGUUUAAGGUUUACCACACAGGAACGGUAUUUUAUUUUGCUGCAGACACUGAGGAUUUUCUUGCCUUAUGGGUAGAUGCAAUUAACAAAGCAACCUUAGGUGCGGAUGGUCACAGUAGAAACAGUGCUCUUUUUAGCGAAACGGACGAAAGCGAUAGCGAACAAAAAAGUAAAACCAAAAAUGUCCAUACUUUAGAAUAUAAACCGAACUUCGACAAAUCUUUCGGAUCAUUAAAAAAAGUUGUUCGUAAAGAUUCUCCCUCGUAUAGGGACCAUGAAAUCAGUGGUGCUAGUUUAGAUAGAAAAUAUCUAAAAUUUCUUGGUGCAAGAAAUCACAAUGUACCUGUUCCAACUGCACAAUUUAGAAGUUACAGAAGAGUUCUUCCUACAUCUACGCCUAAUAAGAAACAAGACUCUGUUCCAAAUUCGCCAGAUUUACAAAUGACAAUUGCAGGAAGUACAUUUUAUGGAUUAUGUGCAUCUCAUAGUGCUACUGAUAUGUCAAAUAAUACUCAAGAUAUGGGUGAUUACAGGCGUACCACAGACAGGUGUCUUAAUGACAGAAAUAGAAGACCAGAAGACCUACAAGGUUUUAUUACAUUAGAGGAAUUCAUGUUGCAACAAGAGGAUCAAAGACAAAUGACAAAAUCAAGAUCUAUAUCUCCACGAAUAACACCUUUAAUUAGUGAUCAUGUUCAUGUUCAACAUAGGAAUUUUCAUGAUAAUGAGACUGUUAGUGAACAAUCUAGGCAUGUUGCUGAUGGAAUUUUAAAUAAUGAUGUUUAUGCUCAAAAUAAAAAUAGCGAUGAAAAUGUAAAUAACACUGCUUCUGCAUAUGGCUAUACUCGGAAUAUGGACAACAUUGGAAUGCGACAAUGUAGCGGAGAUUUCGAUUCAGAAAGAAAUGAAUAUAGAGGAGACCCAUCAAAACAUAUAGUUCAUAAAAAGUCGAAUGAACUUUGUCACAUUAAUAAAAAAAAAUUGUCAGAUAGCUCAAAUUUUCAACAUUUACAGUCAAGCAAUUCAUUUUAUUGUAAAGCUGCAACAAAUGAACAAAAACACUCUUCAUAUUACAAUAAACCAAAUAUUGUUGACAAGCCUGCAAGACAAAUGAACUUGAAUUGUGAAUGUAAUACUAAUAUUUAUACAAAUCAAGCACAGUCUUUGAGUAAUCAUGAUAUUUCUAGAUCAUAUGAUUAUUAUUUACCUAAAAAUGUCAAUAAUUCAUCAGAGGAUAUAAAGCCAGUAUCAAGACGACUUACUCGAAAUGAUGGUUCUGGAUCUACUAAUGAUCUUACAUUUCAUACUUUUUACGAAACUUUGCAACGUGCAAAGAAAGAUGCAUCCAUUAGUCGCAAAGGAAGCUUCAAUUUAACAAGUCGUAAUCACGUUUCCUCGGAUAAGCAUUGGUUGGAUUCUUUGCGACGAGCUGAUAAAAAAGAAGCCAAUUAUGAUAAAACUCGUUUAAAAAAUGUAGCUCAGUAUCAACCACCACCUAUGCCAACUUCUCCAUUCGAACAAGAAGGGAUGACUGCUGCAUUUGAAAUGCAUUUAGAUAAAGGUGAACAGGUUCAAAAACCAAAUCGUUUGAAAAAUUUGUUUGCUAAUAAAUGUCAGCAGAAACCUUCUACACUUGAGUUGCCUAAAGAAACACAAAAGACUUUAUUAGGGUCACCGAGAUUACAUAGAGCGUUAUUUAGAGAAAAAUGUUACAACCAAUCACGGUUACCAAGUCGGUCGAACAGUCAGAGUCCUGGUGAUAGUGGAAUCAGUCAAUCUCUUAGUCCGUUCCGUGGAAAUAGUCCUCAAACUCUCAGUCAGAGUUUUAGUUCGGUUAGUUCUGUUAGUGAUUGGAGUCCAGACACACCAUCGCCGUGUACUCCAAAUUUAACAUUGAAAGCUGGUGCAAGUCAGCUUUCUUGUCAAAAACACGCAAGCACAGGUAGAAACUCAUUGACACCACCGACAUUGCCUUAUAUACCACCACCUACGUCACCACCACCUGAUUAUCCUGGUCUUGAAUAUCCGCCAGUAUUUGAACCUGGUACUUACUCUCUCUUGGAUGCUUCACUGCUGCGUAAUCGUAACAAAAGCAAUCGAGAUACUCAUUAACCAAUGACAAUUUAGUUUAUUAAUCUACAUAAUAAUAACCAAAGAUAAUAUGUUUCCUUAAUCAUUAUCUAAUCUCUAAUUUAUAUAAGGAAUUCAAAAGAAUAAUAAUAUUUUUUCACAGAAGUAUUAAAAUUUAACCGUCCAUUUUAUAAGAAUCCGAAGGUUACUGAAUCAUUUUUUUUAUAUAAAUUGAAAUUGUGAACUAUUCACUCAAUAAGAGAUGAGAUAAAUAAUGAAAGUUGAGUGGACGACUGAAAUUUAAUAUAUUAUUAC